GAGGAAGAGCAGCUCUGAUUUUGGGGCAGAAGGACAGCGGCCUACCUGGUUUGAGAGAGGCAGGUGGCUGAUUGUAAUUCCGGGCGACGAAAUUCCUUGUCUUGAGCUGCUUUAAACUGAAGCUUCGUGUAAUCCAUGGAGCCAGCUCCUGACAUAAAAGACACUCCCGGCCUCCCCAUGCUGUCCAUUGACAUGGAGAACAAGGAAAAUGGAUCUCUCAACACGGAAAACUUGGUAGAGAAUGGAAGACCACCUGAUCCUGCUGACUGGGCGGUUACAGAUGUGGUGAAUUAUUUCAGAACAGUGGGCUUUGAAGAACAGGCUCAUGCUUUUCAAGAGCAGGAAAUUGAUGGGAAAUCUUUACUGUUGAUGACAAGGAAUGAUGUGCUUACUGGACUUUCAUUAAAACUGGGACCUGCACUGAAGAUCUAUGAAUAUCACGUAAAGCCUCUACAGACACAGCAUCUCAAGAACACUUCCCUAUAGUGGACUGUCAGAUGGGGACCAUGUUGUGUCUCUGGUAUUCAGAAUAAAUAAGCAACUUUGGUUUCUUGUUGAUGGAACUUUGUAAAAAAAAAAAAAAGACUGUAUGUGUACAUAAAGAGUUUAAACCAAAAUGGCACUGAUAUAAAUAUAUAUAUAUAAAUAUAUAUUUAUAGAUAUAUCCUAUUGGAUAGCUUUAGCAAUAUGCUGUAUGGUGAUUAUUGAACUGAUGGGAGGGAUGAGUUUCUCACUGUUCCAUCAAGUAUACGACCAGCUCAAUAGUUUUUCUUCAGUGAGAUAAAAAGGUAAGUAAAAACGGAAAAGGUACUUCUUAAUGUGAAAGCUAGACAAAAAACACUGAUUCUUAGAAUUACUGUUUGAAAGGUAAGGAUGCUAUUCACCAUAAAUAUCUCUUGCACGUGACUCGUUGGGCAUAGCUUAGAGGGAUGGAGCAACCCUAGGUGAACCUCGAGCUUGUACGCUUCCUUCUUCUCUAGUGCAUCCACAAGAAGAAGCUGGGAAGCUUCUACUUUUGCUUUAACCACAGCCUGUUCUGUUUUCCCAGCUGACAGACUUUGGUUAAUGUUGACUAUGGUUUGUGCCAGCUUGAUCCAACCAUAGUUAAGAUUAACCACAAUUUCUCAGUUAGGAGCAUGCAAUAGGCUGCUGUGGAAACAAAAUGGAAGGAAAAGCUUUCCAACUCUUUGUGGGUGCAGCAGAACAGGAGAGGGUUGGAGAAAGUUUGAUGCUUGUGCUCGUGUUAAGUUCUAGUUUGCUGUGGCAUCGAAAUACAGCCACUGAACCUCAGUAGUGCCGUUGCACAAUUCCCUCUUGCUUCAGUGGUGCUUGCACAAAAUUAUUUCACAAUGGGUUGUACUCGGAUUUGAAAGUGAAUUGGGAGGGUGUGGAUCAGCGGAAGUUGACGUUUGCUUUUAGAGUCACAGCUCCUUUGUAACACUAGCAAGAGGUUCCAAAUUUGCCAAAAUCGCCCUUUUUUGCAGAGGGGUCCUAUUUUUGACCUUAUUAAGGUUUGUUCAUAGCAUAUUGUAAUGUUUAACGCUGUGCAUAUGAUUAGCCUAGCACCUUUUGAGGGCAGAAGCAGCUGCGCAGAGGUGAAACUGGGUUGUAAAAUUUCCUCUGUUGUUUCUCGUUUGUGCUAAUGUUCUUUGAAUUUUAAAAGAUGUUUUGUGAAAAGCAGGGUGUUUUUUUUAAAAAAAAAUAACAACAGUUUGUGUUGCUCUGUAAGACAUAUUUUGUUUUGUUCUUGUUCUAAUUUAUAACUUAUUUGCUAACAGUUCUGCUGGGAAAGUGUUAAAAGCGACAUCUCUUUCAUACUUUAAAAUAUUGUAUUCUGAUGGUGCUGUAAAAAAAAAAUUGGCAACAUGGCUGGAUUUAUGAGCUGAACACCUCUAUUUCCGAAAAGCAAAAGGAUGUUGUCUUAUUAUUGUGAAUUUCUGAUGAAGGACAACACUGUAGUUCAAUCUGUUUUGAUCAUUUCCUUAUUUUAACUGCAGACUUGUUAAGUCAACAAAGAUGUUGCUUGUGUUUUGAUUCAA